AUGCUAUCUCUUUCUAUCCUUCUUCUGGCCGUUGGGCUAGUCUGCUCUGCGCAUCCACUCGAAGAACGACAGGCGAGGUUAACCGAUUCAUUCAAGCUGUAUGCGUAUGGCCCCGGCAUUAGUGGACUGCCCGUCUUCUACAGGAACGUCACCGCCUCCACUGACAACACCUUCCUUGCACACCCCAGUUCCAGUACCGGUUCCACCGAGGGCUUCAACACCCUGGCGACCAAUACCAACAAGCUGUGUCUAGACCAAGGCAAUACGGACGCCAAUCCAGUCAGCUUCACCGGCAUGUCUGACACGGAGCAGUCGAACAACACCAAGCUCAGCAACGUAUGGUCCACGUACGGGGGCUACGUCUUAGUCACCGUGACCGGGGUCAAUUUUUACGCGAGACAAACUGGCACGGAUGGCUUGUACUCUCUGCUUUGGAGUAGCUCGGCUGAGGCAAUGACGGAUAAUAUACCGCUAGUGCUGCGGACUGCUGAACCGGCAACAACUUCUGUACUGACCUAG